AGGCGGAAAGCAAAACAAACAAAUCCCACGCCCGUCCGCUUGUUCCCCGUGCUGCUUGCUGCGUGAGUGCCACGUCACUCAGACGCCACCGCCACCGCCACCUCUAUCUUCCUAGUCAGCGAGCGGGCGGGAUUGCCGGCGGCGGACCGCGGACGGGCGGAGAGAUGGUGGCGCCCGGGGUAGCAGGGGGAUCGCCGCCGUCUCGGUGGCCGUCGGAGGAGGAGCUUGACAUUGUACGGAAGAAGGUGGUGGAGAUUAGUGGAAGGGAUACAACAGAAGUUAGGGUGGUUGCUUGCCCCUACAGGAUUUGUCCUCUGGGGGCCCACAUUGAUCAUCAGGGUGGAAUUGUGACUGCUAUGACCAUCAAUUAUGGAGUGCUUCUUGGUUUUGUGCCCUCUGAUGAUGCUGAGGUUGUGCUCCAAUCUGGUCAAUUUAAAGGUGUUAUACGAUUCAGAGUUGAUGACUUGCAAAAGCCUAUUGAGAACCCGGAGAACAUAGACUGGGAAAGCUAUGCAAGAGGUGCAGUAUAUGCACUACAAAAUAGUGGAUAUGAUCUCAGAAAGGGCAUUAUAGGUUAUAUUUCUGGAGUAAAAGGACUUGACAGUUCAGGGCUUAGUUCCUCUGCAGCUGUUGGGAUUGCCUACUUGCUAGCUUUAGAAAAUGUAAAUGAUUUGGCCUUAUCACCAGUUGAUAACAUCCAGUUGGACAAGUGCAUUGAAAAUAAAUAUUUGGGUCUUGAAAAUGGUAUUCUAGAUCCAUCAGCCAUUUUACUUUCUCGACAUGGCUACCUCACCUUCAUGGACUGCAAGACUGCCUUGCCUUCCUACGUCUACUUCUCGGAACUGAGUAAAAGCCAGCAAUCUCAAGGGCAGCUGCCGUUCAAGAUUUUGUUGGCAUUUUCAGGUCUGCAACAUAACCUACCCAAGAAGCGCGGAUAUAAUACCCGAGUUUUUGAAUGCAAAGAGGCUGCAUGUGCACUUUUAUGUGCUCUAGGUUGUGAAGAUGCAUCAAGUAUACUUCGUAAUGUUGAACCAGGUGUGUACGAGUCCCAGAAGUGUAUAUUGGAAGAAAAUCUUGCCAGGAGAGCUGAGCACUACUUUUCUGAAAUGAAGCGAGUUGUUAAGGGAAGAGACGCAUGGGCUCGUGGGAACCUGCAAGAAUUCGGGCAGCUGGUCUCUGCAUCUGGCCGUAGCUCCAUUGUGAACUAUGAGUGUGGGAGCAAAGAGAUGAUAGAGCUCCACGAGAUCCUCCUGAAGGCGCCCGGCGUCCUGGGCGCGCGGUUCAGCGGCGCCGGCUUCAGGGGCUGCUGCCUUGCCAUCGUCGACCGCGACCAAGCGGAGGAGGCCGCGGCCCACGUUCGGGCCGAAUACGAGAAGGCCCAGCCCGAGGUGGUGAACAAGAUCCCAAUGGACCGUCGCGUGCUGGUCUGCGAGCCCGGAGACUCUGCGCGCGUCAUAUUGCCAUUGUCACACCACUCAUGACUCAUGAGCACCCUGUUGGUGUCGCCUUCUGUACAAGCUACGUACUUGAGCUCCUAGUUCAUUUGUGUAUGUUGCAGAACCAUUCGUUUGUUUGUUUCUUCUUUUCUUUUUGUUGAUGGGAGAUCCAUUCGUUUCUACCUAAGCAAUAAGCAUUAAGCAGUAAUGAAAUGUUCUCCCAAAACCUGUUGGUUUGGGUGGUAGUCGAAGGUGAGUCGCGCAAGCUUGGAGCUAGUUUUGUGAUAUUUUGCUUAAAAAAAAUGUAGUUUCUCGGCGUC